UUAUCUUACAAUAUGAAUUGCAAAUGAUUUUGUAUUAAAAAUUUGUGAAUCUGUUAAUGCAUGUACAAUUAUUUGAUAUUUUGUUAGUUCUUAUCACUGAUUUUGUUUUUUUAUACUUUUUAUCUCCAGUUUUUAUUAUACAUUAUGUCUGAUACUGAUUUUGAUCAAACAUUAUCGGAAUUCUUGAUUCAAUUGAAGAAUCCUGACAUUGCUCCUAAAGAAAUGGAGGAAGCUUCUGAUUCUCCGGUCCGUAUGAGUUUGAGGAAAAAGACUAUUGGUAGUAAACCUGUUGCUCCUAAAAUAGAGAAGAAAGCAAUAAAGAAAUCAAAAUCUGUGCAGAAGUCUGUUGCUGGAAAAAGGAAAGCAAAUUUUGUGGUACCUAAAAGAGAUAUUAAGAGGAAAAGGCUUGGUACUGAUAAUUUGGAUAAGAAUGAUUCAUUUCAGACAUUUGAUUUGUUACUUGGUCCAAAGGAUCGAUUUGUCGGUAAAGUUGGAAAUGCUUCACAGAAUGCAGUGCUGAAACAUAUUAAAUCGAAGCUUAGUGAAGAUCAGUUAGCAACGUUCAAGAACAGUAGGUUUGGUGUCUUUCUAGAACUUGACAAGGAUGUACUGAGUCUUAGACUCAUACAUGCCAUACUUUUAAGGGAAGUUCAUCACAACAAUUUGUCAGAGCUUUGGUUUCAUUACGGUUCGCAGAAUAUGCGAUUCAGUCUAUAUGAGUUUGGUCUUGUUAGUGGACUUGUUUGUGUUGGUGAUGAGUCAAGGUUUUCUGGUCAUUUUAAGGACAGUAAUUUUUUUAAUAAAUAUUUUGGUGAUGUGAGCAAGAUUACCCGUCAGGUUAUUGAAGCGAAAUUUAAAGAGGCUGUGUGGGAGAAUGAUGAAGAUGCUGUAAAGUUUGCAAAGCUUUACAUGGUUCAGUGUUUUUUAUUGGGUCAUCUUGGAACUACUUUGGUUGACGAUCGGUUCAUUCACUUGCUUGACUGCCCUGAUUAUGAUGAUUUUCCAUGGGGAAAAUAUUCAUUCCAGUUAUUUGUUCAGUCUACUAAGAACAAGCUGUGGACUAAACAUAAUGCAUCAAGUCAAUCUGCUUUCUAUCGUUUGUAUGGUUUUCCGCAUGCUAUUCAGUUUUGGUUUUAUGAAACAUUGGUUUCUGUGCCUGAGUAUUUGUGUACUUUGAGCAAUGCUGCUGUUUAUCCUCGAUUACUGCGUUGGAGUCCGAAGGAUAUUAAGAAAAUGCAGAACUUUGAUUUUCAGGUUUUUGAUGAUGGAACUGAAAAGAUGUUUGGUUUACUGUGA